GGCACUUCAACUCCAGAUUCCUUUGAGAAAGCAUUUCCCUGCACAGUAUUCUGUGUGCUCGGAUGUGAAAUGUGCUUCUAAGUACAUUCAUGCGAUACUAUCAAAGAAACAAUUGGAAAUUUUCCAGCAGACACCAUGGGGUCACUUUAUUGAUAUUCCUGAUAUCCAGUUUUGUGGCCAAAUAGUCCACAUGUUUUUGUUACGGCUGGUGAAGCAGCAACCCGAUGAUGAGCUUUGGUUCAAUGUUGAGGGUAAACUUAUAGAGUUCACGUACAAUGACUUCUGCCGCAUAAUCGGAUUACCUCUGGCAUCCCCGAGGCCUGUUGUGGCUGAAGAUAGUGACAACGAUGAAGAACAAGCCGAAGAAGAGGAAGAACCAGGAGAGAUUGCAAAUACAUACUUUCAUGGAUCACUGGAUAUCACUUUCCAGAUGAUGAAGGAGAAGGUUCAAUGGUUAGGUGGAAGUAUAAAAAAGGAAUGGUAUGCUAGGGGUGAAGCUUACAUCCCUCUUCGUAGUCGAGAACGUGUUGAUGGGAAGAGACAGAACAACGAGGAUCAACCGGAGGCCGAUUCAGCUUGCGAACGACUUUGAGGAGUUCAAGAAGGAACCGUGGUCAAGAGAUGCUUACCACUUGCUUGUCACACAUCUGAAGGGUCUUCUUGAUGGGCAGCCAUUGAAGUUCUUGGACAGUAAAGCUAACAACCCUGAAUAUAAAAACGUCAAGUUUUUGGUUUACGGGUUGCCAUUGGUCCUACAUGUGUGGGCAUAUGAAAAAAUUCCUAAAUUUGGGGAACACUUUGGCACACGUGUUGGUAAUCAUGAAGUCCCAAUACUAAAUUGGUCAUGUCAUGGGAAAUUCCGGUCAUCUAAGAUACGGGAAAUUGUCUUUGCUGAUGAGUUGCCUACACCCCCUUCUUCCGAUGAUGAGGAUGAAGACAAUAUUGAAAUUGAAACAAGGGAAAGAGUUCAAGCAAUUUGUUCAGACAUUGAUGAGAUCAAAAGCAGUCUUCAAAGGCUGGACAAAAAGUGGAAGAGGAGCUUGGUGAACUGAAACACUUGUUGGUUCAGGUUAUUGAUACAGUUAACAAGGCUUUAAAGGAAAAGGGGGGUCCUUCUGCCCCAAGUGAGCUGGAAGAACAAAAGGAAGUUGGUGCAACAGAUGCUGAAGGGGAGAAAAGUAAUGUUGUUAUUGGUGAACCACAACAUUUGGGUGAACUGGAUAAAUCUUGUCCUGAUGUUACUGAACAUCAAAAUGUGUGUGCAGAUCCUAUUAUCAAUGUUGCUACUGAGCCUGAAGGGGAGAAUUCUAUUGCUGUUGAUAGUGAGGCACAAAAUUCGGAAAUAGAUCCUGUAAAGAUUGUAGUGGAUGAGGUUGAAGAUGACAAGAUCCCAGCUUUCACAGUUCCAUUCGAAAACUUGGAUUGGGAUGUGGUUGGUGAUGAUGUUGGAACUGCUGGGGUAGACAUGAAGGCCAUUGAAGAGGCGAGUAUGAAAGAAUUGAGGAAGAGAAAGCGGUUCAAAUCUAAGUACAUUUGCAGCCCAUUCCUUGCGCCGGCGGCUAAGAGGCUUAAGGUUGGAGGAAGUGAUGGUGAGUAUGAUUCUUUCAAGGCAUGGGUGGAGGAAAAUGAUGGUAUUGAACCUAGUGUACUUCACCUAGAUAUUCCAUCAUCUUACCCAACAAAUAGGACAUUCUUCUGAGAGCUAAUCGAUGAAAAUGAAUGGCUAAGUAGCGAGAAUUUGGAUGCUUUAGUUCUUCUUUUCCGCAAAUCCAUAAAGAUCGAGACCUAUGAACUCAUGAGCCCUUUGUUCACGUCUGUACUUUUGUUUUUGGUCGAGUACCAACUUUUACAGAAGGAUGCAGCAGAUGACAAACAAUGGAAGGGGGACCGAUUACUCAAGAAAAAGGAUUGGAGUCGGUAAGAGAUUAGUCAGUUCAGACUCUCUUUACCGCCCAGUUGAUAAGGUACACCGUUUCUUCUCUUCGCCUAGUCCAUUUAGAAGUUAGACCUAAUAGAGUAUACGACUCUUUCUUCUCUUUGAUGGAACAUGCAAACGGCGGCCAUGGUUGACGGAUUCCCUUCUUCGUUGAACUAGCGUUUCCACUCUUCUGUGUCCAGCAGUCCAGGUGUUCAUGCAUGUGCACAGUGAUGGAAAACAUUUACUGAAAUUUACCUACUCAAUAAUGUCGUAUGGGUAUACGAUUCUUUGAAGACGAGUAAGUCGGUUGCAUCUGUGAGGCUUUUGUGUAUCCGACUUCCACUCCUGUUUUGGGUCAUCAAACGCAACCCUGUCGUUACCUCCAUAGCCGAUUCACAUCCUUCGAGAGCGGAGGCAGUGGACGAUGUUCCACAACAACACUCAGGAUCCGGUGUUUGUGGAGUUAUGGUAGCAGCGUUUGCGGAGGCACUGUUGCAGAAGUUACCCUUGAUGCCAGAGUGUGCGUAUGAGAACAUGGCAGCGAAAAGAUGUGAAUAUGCAUUGAGGCUCUGUAGUUUGAGGAAGCGAUCAACGUAGACAAGUUUUAAUGGGUGUGAAUAUUUAGUGUAAGAUGGUUGUGGAUGUAAAAUCUUUGAUGUAACCUUACUAUAUACAUUUUUUGGUGGUUAGUUUUGGCUUGCAUGGGUUUGAUUGUUAAAUGUAGGAGGUUGUACAAUGUUACAAUACCAAUGUUGUACAAUGUCCUAGAAUGUACUCCCAAAUAUUACCAAUGUUGUACAUUGGUAUGCUUUUUUGUUCUAUGGGAAACACUAACUGUCAUUGGUGUUCAUAUAAACGGAG